AUGACUUUGACAUUUCAUCAAAAAGCACUUGAGCCUCCGUUCAUAACCGUCGAAGGUAUUCCCAAUUUUCGAGAUCUGGGCGGAUAUCCGCUCGCAUCAGGGUCACAUUCCGUACGUCAAGGAGUCGUCUAUCGGUGUGGCGAGCCUCAAAAAGUUACGGAAAGUGGAAUUGCCACCAUGCGGAAAUUGGGAAUCACCCACAUCUAUGAUUUAAGAUCUCAGGAAGAGCUUAAUAAAAAUGCCGCCGCUGGUAGAGGGGGAGUGGUAGAGUGGGAGGGCUGCCAGCGGGUGUUCGCGCCUGUAUUUCUGGAGCAGGAUUAUAGCCCGGAGAGAAUUGCCAUUCGAUUUAGGGAUUAUGCCUCAAAGGGCACUGAGGGUUUCACUCGCGCGUAUACCGACAUCUUAAACAAUGCUCCAACCUCAUACCGCACUAUUCUUCUUCACCUUGCAAACGAGCCGACUAAACCUUUGAUCGUCCAUUGCACCGCUGGUAAAGAUAGAACCGGUGUUCUUUGCGCGUUGAUCCUCUCUCUUUGCGGAGUUGACGAUGAGAUUGUGGCUCGGGAGUACAGUUUGACAGAAUUUGGGCUCCCGCAAGAGUGGAAGGCAGGAAUUAUCAAGCAUUUAAUGGAGCACCCAGCCAUCAAAGGUGACCAUGAAGGGGCAGAAAAUCUAAUCAGCUCCAAAGCCGAGAACAUGCUUGCAACGCUGAAGAUGCUCAAUGAGAAGUUCGGUGGCGCGGAAGGAUACGUAAUAGAGAAAUGUGGUCUUACAGCUGGAGAAGUAGAAAAGAUUCGUAAGAACUUAAUCAUAGAAUCCCCGGCCAUCCACGGUGUUUCGUAG